AUGGCCAGGAAUCACCUAGUACAGAAAGCCAAGCUAGCUGAACAGGCUGAACGUUACGAGGACAUGGCCGAUUUCAUGAAGUCUGUAGUAGAGGAUGGAGCCGAACUCUCUAAUGAAGAACGCAACCUGCUCUCAGUUGCCUACAAGAACGUAGUCGGCUGUCAGAGAUCGGCAUGGCGAGUCGUCUCCAGCAUUGAGCACAAGACGGAGGAAGGAGAUGACAAAGCUCCGCUGGUCAAUGAAUAUCGGGAGAAGAUUGAGAAGGAGCUGAAGAAUGUCUGCAAUGUGGUCUUGGGGCUCUUAGACAAGCAUCUCAUUCAGAAAGCUAGUGACGCAGAAAGCCAAGUGUUCUAUUUAAAAAUGAAAGGCGACUACUUCCGUUACCUGGCUGAGGUGGCCGCUGGGGACGACCGAAAGCAGAUAAUUGACAAUGCCCGAAAAGCUUACCAAGAGGCAAUGGAUAUCAGCAAGAAGGAGAUGCAACCCACAAACCCUAUCCGCCUGGGCCUUGCUCUCAACUUCUCCGUGUUCCAUUAUGAAAUUGCCAAUGCUCCAGAAGAGGCAAUCAAGCUGGCCAAGACCACCUUCGAUGAAGCCAUGGGUGACCUCCACACGCUCAGUGAAGACUCCUACAAAGACAGCACUCUCAUCAUGCAGCUUCUCAGGGACAAUCUCACAUUAUGGACAGCAGAGUGCUCAGGAGAAGAAGGUGGAGAAGCGGGCGAAGAGCCAAAGAACUGAACUUUUUAGACAAUAGAAUGAUGGUAACUCCACAUCUCCCUUCCUCUUGUUCUUUUUCCAACACAUGGUAUUUUUUAUAAGACGCAUCUCCAGUUCCUGAAAGUUUCAACGGGAUUUUGACAGCAAAAGGGGAUGGAUUCAUAAAGGACUUAAGCAUUUAUCCGCUCGUCCUCAAUGUGACAGCUUUGGGAUUACCUUCGUCCAUGGGCCCCGUUCUUCCUGGUAUGUGACAUCUGCUAGACUCACCGCAGCCUGGAACUCCUUGCUUGGGGUUUUUUUUUUUUUUCCUUCUUCAUAAACUCUUGUGUUUGGUACAGCAUCUGGUUAAUACAAGUGUUCUCCUGGUAUGGGAUGGAUAUAUAUAUAUAUAAUUUGUAUGUUUAACUGUGAACAAAACUAAAACCCAAAAGCUUAAACAUUAUUUUGCAUGGCAAAGGUACCAAAACAGUAGCCAAACCAAGUUAAACAAAAAUACUUGUCUUUGCUUUCUCCAGUGCUUUUGUUCUGUGGGGUUUUCUCACUCCGGGCCAGAAGUUGGAAACGGGGCCUUUGUGUGAAUGUGGGAGGGAGGAUUUCUUCUAAGGGGUUAAAGCUAGCAAUCUCAAGAGAGCCUCUUGUUACUGUGGUGUUUACUGUGGUGGUUUGCUGCAAUACUCUUCCCCAAUAAAAAUUCACGUUUAUGCCUGC